AUGAACCAAGUUUUGUCUUCCAUUGGACCAGAAUGGAAUGUUUUAUCGAACUACCAGUUUUCAGAGUUGGGGAAGAUAUGGAUUCUGUGUAAAUCCCCAACUACUAUCAAUCAUCUUUUUUCGGACCUUCAAUCCAUCACCUGUGAGAUUAUCCUUGAGUCUGGUAUCUCUUUUGUCUACACGGCGAUCUACACGUCAAACGAUAUCGAUGAAAGGAAGCUUCUUUGGUCGUCUCUUAGGGACACCUUUAUAUCCUUUAAUCUCAGCGAAAGGGCAUGGCUUGUCAAUGGCGAUUUUAAUGAGAUUUUAUCUCUGGCUGAGACUUCCAAUACCCGAAUCUCCUCAUCUACAGCUCAAAUGAGAGAGUUCGGAAGCUGUUUAUCUGAUCUGGGGCUUUUUGAUCUGGCCUCUCAAGGGCCAAAGUUCACCUGGUCAAACAACCGCCAGUCAGAUCCAGUGGCCAAAAAGUUGGAUCUUUGUUUAAUAAAUGAUCAGUGGUUACUCUUGUUUCCUUCUGGUCAUUGUUCUUUUGAGCCGCCAGAAUUUUCCGAUCAUUCUCCUUGUCACAUCAAGAUGUUUACGCCUCCUCCCUCCUUUGGUUCCCGUCCUUUCAAGUUCCUAAAUCUCCUCACCAACCACCAGGAUUUCUUAUCGACGGUUAAAUCUGCUUGGGAGGAAGCGGGUGACUUAGCUACAAAUCUUCGCUUUCUAUGUUUCAAGCUUAAAAGCCUUAAGAGGCCUAUCAAAUCCCUUUGUAAAGAGAACUUCAGUGAAAUAGAAAGAAGAGUCUUCGAGGCAAACUCCAUUCUGAAAACUCUGCAGCUUGUGACGCUCUCUGAUCCUACUCCGGUUAAUCUCAACCCACUGUUCAUCUCUAGACUGCUCUUACUUGGUAAGCGAAGUCUCUAUUUCGACUAUAAAGGAAAGUCUUAUGGCUCUCCCUUCAAACAAGACUCCGGGCCCGAUGGCUUCCCAGCUGAAUUUUUCCGGGCUUCUUGGACUGUUAUUGGGCAUGAAACAACAGCGGCAAUUAAGCAGUUCUUUACUUCAUCCUUUAUCCCAUCAUCUCUCAACGCUACUUCCCUCGUGCUUAUUCCAAAACGUCGAGGAGCUGAUGAGUUGAAGGACAUUAGGCCGAUAUCCUGCCUUAAUACAGUCUACAAGAUCAUCGCUCGAAUUUUAUCUGAUCGAAUCAAGCAUCUUCUCCCUGCUCUGAUUCUUUCAAAUCAAACGGCUUUCAUAAAGGACAUGCUUUUGCUGGAAAACGUCCUUCUAGCAUCAGAAAUUGUUCAGGGUUACCAUCUGGAAAAUCAGUCUCCUCGUAUCACUCUAAUGGUGGAUAUAUCUAAAGCCUUUGACAGUGUCAGAUGA